UUCCCCAUUGCCUCACACCAAUUGUACAUUUUCAUUCUUCUUCUUCCUCUUCUUCUAGCAAUGGAUGAUGGUAAAAGGCUAAUAACAUCUCUCUUUCUCAUCAUCCUCCUCUCAUUAUCCUCUGUUGAACCCACCAAAAAGAUUCCGGCUCGAAACCCUUGUAAAAGGCUGGUGUUUUUCUUCCACGACAUACUUUACAAUGGAAAGAACGCAAAGAAUGCAACUUCAGCCAUUGUAGGAGCACCGGCUUGGGGUAACAGGACGAUCUUAGCGGGGCAAAGCCAUUUCGGUGAUGUGGUUGUGUUCGAUGACCCUAUAACCUUAGACAACAAUCUGCAUUCGACCCCAGUUGGACGUGCACAAGGGUUUUACUUAUAUGACAAGAAGGAUAUUUUUACAUCUUGGCUUGGUUUCUCGUUUGUGUUCAAUUCUACUGAGCACAAGGGCAGCAUAAACUUUGCCGGGGCUGAUCCAUUGAUGAAUAAGACUAGGGAUAUUUCAGUGAUCGGAGGAACUGGGGACUUUUUCAUGGCCAGAGGAAUUGCCACUUUGACAACUGAUGCCUUUGAGGGAGAAGUAUAUUUUAGGCUUUACGUUGAUAUCAAAUUGUUUGAAUGCUGGUGAUUAAUUUGUUUCCCUCUACAAUUUUCUUGUUUCAUAUUGAGAAGUUACAUCAAUGAAAUAAGAUCGUCCAUUAGUUUUGCUUCUCUAUCA